GAGAGGAGUUGAGUGGUGAUUGUCAGGGGGAUUGGCUUAAACCAGGUUCAACGUCGGGGACCUUUGCCGGCUCAGUGCGUUACUGCUUCUUGCGACGAGCGGUCGUAGAGGUGGAGAGAGUCUCUUUGAAGAGGACAAAUCACAUUUCAACCAAGUUCCCACCAUAAAAUAUCAAAGUUUUUCUUUUGAGUAUCAAUUUCACAUCGAGUAUCACAAUGUUUACCAAAGUACUUCUCAUCAGCCUGCUCAUGUGUGCAGCAGUUAUGGGACAAGAAGCUGAACAAAGAUCACGUGUUUCGGAUGAGCAAGUAAACAUUGCACUCAACGACCCACGUUACUUGAAACGUCAAAUCAAGUGUGCACUCGGCGAAGCGCCUUGCGAUCCCGUGGGCCGUCGUUUAAAAAGUUUGGCACCGCUCGUACUACGCGGCUCAUGUCCCCAGUGCUCUCGCGAGGAGACACAUCAAAUAAAGAGAGUACUGUCUCACAUUCAGCGUCAAUUCCCCAGGGAGUGGUCUAAGGUUAUCAAGCAAUAUGCUGGAGUUUAAAGUGAACUAUUAAUCAUAAAAAAAACAAAACUGACCAUAUUCUGCUAAUUUUUAUUAAAAAUAAGUUACGAAAAUCCAGAAAAAAAUGAAUCAUGCGGCGAGUCAUCAUUAAAUGACGUGUCGAGUCUCAUUGAAGAAUGUUGAAACCUGGAAACGAUUUGAUUCAAGUCGAGGGAAUACUUGAUAGAACUUGAACUCCUGUAAUCAAGUAUUAAUUUGACUCGAAUCAGGCUUUUUUCGAAUUGAAUAAAGUCGUCACGAACUACCUAAAAUAGGUAGAUUUUUCGGGGACAAUCAGGUAGAAUAUAUCAGUAGCGAAGUGGUAAAGCGGUUUAAGUCGACUUAUCUCCCAGUGAAG